AUGAAUUCAGUUCCGGCAGGAAUCGCCACAAAGACAAGAAAUCGCCGGUCCCUUGAAUCAGCUAUCCCCAAGACUGAAACCUCUAUACUGUCAUCCAAAAGAUCAUCUAAAAGUACUUUUAAUUUAACUUUUGGUGUUAAGUCAGUAACGAACACAUUGCCAAAUACCACUGCCCCCGUUAAAAGCCCCGAAAGAAGACGUAGUUCUGAAUCUGGUACGAAGCCGAGCUUCAUACCCGUGUCUAAAAGAACUCCAGAUAAAAGCAAUCGAGCAUCUACUUCACCUAUUAAGCAAAGUCACACGAAGGAACCAUUAACGAAAAUCGAUAUUGGCCAGACAAAACCGAGAAACGAACGACUGAGAAAUAGAUCGACCCGUAAAAGUCCUGAAAAAACCAAGAGUGAUUCUGAAGCAUGUCGUAAGGAAAAACUACAUCGAGCUCAAAAGAAUUAUGAUAGUUGUAACGAAAAAACACAUAAUUCGAAAAAAAGACUGACUAGUUUAGAUAAAUCUUCGAGUGAGACGAGUGAUGCUAAAAGUACGUCUCAUAAAGUUAUCUUAAACAAUAAUUCGCCUACGAACCGUAAAGUAAGUAGUUGUAAAAAAGUUUUAGACAAAUCUACAGAAGCUGGAACUAUGUCAACACUCCAUGAAACUUUAAGGCCACAUACACGUUCUAGGUUAUCCCAAGAUAUGGAUAGAGUAGCCGCAAUCACGAAACAAACAUUAGAUAGGGUUAACAAAUUGUCGAAUAAUUUAAACAGCAACAAAUCAAACGCAGAUUCACACGAUUUACAAAACUCUCAUCGCCCAUUUAUCUCAGAAGAACAACGAAGUAAUAAUAAUAAUCAUACCUAUAAUUUUGGUCUUCUUCAAGAUAGGUCAUUCCCAAAUAGAGAUGUAACCGAAAGAUUACAAGAUAUAGAUGCAGCAGCUCAGAGACUAAUCGACUUUGAAAAGCAAAGAGCAAUACUUUCUGAUCUCAAUAACGAUUCAUCUAGUCAAAAUCGCCGUCUAGAUAAUUCAUCAAUAUCUCAUCAUACACCUGUAUCUAUAUUAAAGAGGAAGUCUAUUCACGAAGAUACAACUACUACAAGUACCCCUAAUAAUUCUGUUGCUUCGCCGCCUGUCACUUUCUCACCUAACGUCGUAGAGCCACGUAGUUGUCGAUCUGAAAGUAGACAACGACAAGGAAUUCUUAAAAAACGUCGAAGUUUAGAUGAGUCCCAAGUCGCAAGACGUAGAUCUUGUAGCCCAGAGGUAUCGUUUGCCGAUGACGGCUCAUCAGAUACAUGUAAGCCAAUAUUGAAAAAUAGACGAUCCUCUCUGGAAGAUGUCGUCCGAACUCGUUCCCCAGACGGACAAAUUCAUGGUAUUUUAAAGCGAAAAAUGAGCAGAGAAGACGACAACAUAAUUGAUGACGUUUCUCAGAGUUCUCCAGAGCCACAUGGAAUUUUAAAACGAAAAUCCAAUUCAAGUUCCAGUAGUAGUACUACUUCAUCUCACGUGUCGAUCGCUCAAGCCGUGCUGCUGGCAGCUGCGGGUGGCGCAGAGAUUAUAGAACGUGAGGAUGACAAGGAGACUGUGAGGCCGAUUCUUAAGAAAAAGAGUUUUUCCGAAGAGAGACCUUGCCUUGAUAUUAUGCCAUUAGAUACACCGAAACCGAUAUUAAAAAAGAAAUCCAUAGAACACGACGAUCACGACUUUGAGCGUCCAAAGAAGCCAAUUUUGAAGUCAUAUAAACGGCUUUCUGGUGAUGAAGGGCACGCUUCUAGUUUCGAUUUGAGCGAAGACGACAGAAGCUCCCGCAGGUCCUCGUUGCUUAGAUCACGAACAUCGGAUCAAUCAGGUUCAGAAUGUGAAGCGACAGUUAAGCCAAUAUUAAAGCAGAGAGGUUCAAGUCUCACUAGGGAACGCAGCCAAUCCCCGCGCCCACGGCUGUCGUUUUGCGCUGACACAGAUGCUAGCACUAGUGCGACUAAUUUCAGUUGCGAACCGAACGACUCACUAGCGGCUGGACCGCGGCGAGUCUUGAAUCAUUCGUCAUCCCCAGAUGAAAGUUAUCCUAGUGCGGUUAUACGCCGGCGAAAUUUACGACCCAAAGCGAAUCCGCGAUCAAUGAGUCUCGUAUGUGACGUCAACGAAGAGUUAUUGUCUAUUCUUAACAAUCGCAGACGCCAAGUUGAUACGAACUUAGAAAACGGUCCCGACUGGGAUCGAAACGAAACUUCAAACGAAAAUAGACCGAAACAGUUCCCAUCGAUUGCAUCGAGAAUUAAAGAUAUGGAGCAGGCUCUCACAAAAGAUAAUUUUCUUAGAGAUCCUACGAAGCCGAAGAGUAGGGACAGCGAUCGUUACAAGACACAACCUGUCACUAUUGACGAGCUGCGAUCAAUAACAUCCAAUUUGGAGCCGGGCCAACAGAGUUUCCAAGCGUUCGGCACCGCUGCCUGUAGUUUUCCGACCAGUUCCGUCGAGUCCGGUGCUCCAUCCUCGUCCAGGGAUCCCUAUGUGGAAGAACCCGAGCGUGAUCCUUUUAAGGACUUAAAAUCGCCCCCCCUUAACUCCUGUUCCACAGCCAACUUUCCAGUUCUCAACGGCCCUGAGAUAGCCAGUCCCAAAAACGAUAGCUAUGGAGAGGCGUUGUUAUUAGAUUUCGAGAAAGUUUCUGAGGAUGUUGAAGGCCACCAAACGUUGGAUGAAAUAGAGCAAGAGGUGAACAAGGUCCGCGUAGCGUUGGAUGAAGAUAGCCGGGCUUUGGAAGAAGACGAGAGGAACCAGGGUGACGCCGACAACUGGAGUCUCAACGUUUCUUGUGAUAGUGGAGUGUAUAAUCGCGCUUCAUCUCGAGACUCAGGCCCUCAUUCUGGUGAGGAAUUGGGGCUGAUAGAGAGUCAAGAAAUAAACGAAAACCAGGAAGUUAACAGUAGCCAAGAUUGGUCAUCGUCAUCCAUAGAGCAAGGCCUUAUUAACAUGAACCGUGAGAGAAAAUCCACAGAGAAUGAGGCUCUACGCGGUCUCGAAAGCAGAAGUGAUGAUGAAAGCGAGCCUUCUGGGUUUGCUCUGGGACUGGUCAAGAGUAACAGUGUUGUCGCUCGAGCAAGUAUGUGGCAACAAUUGCAACAGAAGGCCAAAGGAACGCCGAAACCACUGCUCCGCCACAGUCGGUCGAAGAUCAAUGACGGUACAUCUGUUAUAGAACGCUUCAGAACCCAGAGUAUCGACUUGCAAUCGCCUCCUUCCCCUCCAAAAGACACGCAGGAAAGCUUCUCUCUCACUCAGUCUAAAAGCACCGCCAACGUGCUAGACAGAGACGAAGAUGCUAAGUUAGACGACGAUGAUCCAGCCAAAAUGUCACUUAUGGAGAAAAUGAAGAUGUUUAACUCGAAAUUAACACACAAACCACCACUGGCUGGUCUUAAACCCAGAGAGGAAAGAGUUCCCAGAGCAUCCAGGCUCCGAACGAUGCCUGUUUUGGCCAGCCAAGUCCAAGAAGCUAUGGAGCAGAAUGAGAGACUGACAAAAUCUCUCACUCACGAAGACGUCCCUCGUAAUUCAGAUUUUCAACUUAAGAUGGAGUUGUUCCGUUCGGCGAGCGCUAAAAACACGUCGUUAGAGUAUCUCAAGCAAAACGCGAAGUUUCGAAGUUUAGACCUAGACGACGAUUCGCCGUCUGAGCGUGCGCAACGUAUGAUAACACCAGAAGUGAGAGGAAUUUUGAAGUCCGGCUCUACCGUUGUCCCCAAGCCAAAAGUUCUCGCUAAGGGAGAAAGCUCUGAGGGUCUAAAAGACGAAGGUAUAGACAGCUCAGAUGACGAAUCAUCCGCAUCCUCGGUAUCAUCAUCGGAAAAAAGCUGUUCAUCAUCAGAUACCUCCGAGGAACUACCUGAACCGAAACGUCGCUUCCAGAGGAAAAACAAGCUCAGAUCUUCAAGAACCGAAUCCGAUUUAACGAACUACCAAGACCCUAGAAAAGUUCAGUUACCAGGAGCCAAUGAGUUACAGGAGCGUUUGACUCAGGCUAAGAAUGCCAACGUGAAGGUUCCCUUACUCGGAAAAUUGGGAAGGAAACCCUCAGAAACGAAAACUGAUGAAACCUAUAAGAGGUUUGUGAAGAAGCUGGAUGAGCCGAUACAGUUGGGAAAAUUGAGGAGGCCAGUGGAAAAGACGGCGAUGGAGGGAAAGCCGCCGGUCUUACAAAUCACAGCCCUAAAUCAAACGGCGAAGAAUAAGUUCUUUGGCAUCGAUGACAAAGAGAGAAACGUUGAUGAAUUAGCCGCUAGAGUUAGGAAAUAUAUCGCGCCGGUGAGCAAAUCGGUGUCCGUACACGCCAUGGAAGGCGCGUCCGGAAGUGAUGGUGAGAGCAGUGGUGGACGGGAAGUGAGGCAGAUUAACACCCGAUCACGGCACAGUUCGCAAGUCAAGGGCGUAGAGACUCCCCGGGGAAUGGGGGCCUCUAAUGGGGAAGGCAGUGUAGACCUGAAGAGUAUUUCAGCAGGUUUUGCAGAGGUAUCUUUGUAA